AAACGGUCGUAUACCAUUUUAUAUUGAAAUUAUUAGUUUCCUAUUGUGUUGUCUCCGAAGACUUCCACACGCUGAAACAAAACUGCACUGAAUUUCUGAAAGAGUGUCCGAAAAUAGAACACCCAUGUCUUCAGGUGAGAUUCUGGUGGUGCCCAAAAAUGGCCAAGGCCACCUCCUCCCUUGCUUCGAGCUCUGCAAACACCUCAUCUCCCGAAAUUACCACAUCACCCUCCUCGUCGACUCCGAUAUUUCCUCCUCUAUUCCCUCCUCCGUCCUUCUAUCUCCCCUCUUCCGAGUCUCCGACGUCUCGUCUUUGCCGCCACCUUCCGGAUCGGGCCCGAAUCCGUCCCUCCACCAGCAAUUGAGUCGCGGAAUCGAGGCGUUCCUGACCCAAAGGGAUCCGUCUUCGCCCCGACCCGUCUGUGCCGUCGUAGACCACAUAAUGAAUAAGAACCAGGAGGUGUUUUCCAAAUUCGGCAUCCCCACUGUUGUGUUCAUCACGUCAGGUGCGUGCUGGGCGGCGGUCCAGCAUGCCGUAUGGGUGGUCCGGCCAGCGGAUAUGAGACCCGGAGAGGUCCGGGCCCUCCCCGGAUUACCUGAAGAGAUGGUCCUGAAGUACUCGGAUCUCAAGCAACGGCGUCAUUGGCUUCGUGCGCCGCAUAAACAGGGCGGGUCCGGGGGGCCCCAGGCCCACAGUGGUGGUCCAGCACCACCACGCGGCCCACCUUUCCCGGGAGAGCCGGCGCCGUGGGUGGAAGAAGUGAAAACCUCGGCGGCAAUAUUGAUCAACACGUGCGACGAUCUCGAGCAUCCGUUCCUCGAUUACGUAGCGAAUCUGACACGAAAACCCGUCUGGGGCGUGGGCCCGCUGUUGCCGGAUCAGUACUGGCAGUCCACCGAAUCCCUUCUCCGGGACCGAGAAAUCCGACCCAAGAAAGAAUCCAAUUACACCGACGACGAGAUAAUCGGGUGGCUGGAUCAGCAGCCACGGAGGUCCGUCCUAUACGUCUCGUUCGGGAGUGAAGUGGGACCUUCAAUGGAGGAGUACCCGGAGCUAGCCAAAGCAUUGGAGGAAUCCACCCGGCCAUUCAUAUGGGUCAUCCAACGGAAAGCCGGCAGACCCGUGAUUCAAACGGGUCAACCCGGUUCGGCAGCUCAAGAUCAGGAAUAUUUCCCUCACGGAUUGGACAGCAAAGUUGGGAAGAGAGGGUUGAUAAUACACGGGUGGGCACCACAGCUGCUGAUACUUAGCCAUCCAUCAACGGGUGGGUUCGUAUCACACUGUGGGUGGAAUUCCACCGUGGAGUCGGCGGUGCGUGGGGUCCCACUCUUGGCGUGGCCAAUUAGGGGUGACCAAUACUAUAACGCCAAGUUGGUGGUGGGCCAUCUCAAGGUGGGAGCCAUGGUUUCCGAGGGCUACCCGGCCGACGUCGUAACUAAGGUCGAUAUAUUGAAUGGGAUAGAGAAGGUUUUGACGGACGCAGAGAUCAGAAGGCAGUCCGAGAUUCUUCGAGGGAAGUUCGAGCAUGGAUUUCCGGCGAGCUCAUUGGCCUCUUUCGAUGCGUUUGUGGAGAAUUUUACGGACCCAAAAGCAGCGUAGCUAAGGGCUCCGAUAUAAGCAUUGAAAUUUAUGGUCUCUCUCGACUCCAUCUAUGCAUAUUUUAAUGACUAAAAUUUCCCAUAAAGCUUAGCAGUGCAUGGUGCAAAAGUAAAGGGAAAUUGGUGUUUUGGGUCUAAACAAUGUACUCAAUUGAGAGGAAUAUUGGCAAACCAAUUUUACCGCA